UCUAAUAUAUUAUUUUCCAAAUUGGAACGUGAAAUUUUGUUCUGCUCAAAUUUCGUUUGUAUUAAGCAUCAGCAUCCCAAUUGUCAAACAUGCACAAACACUCCGAACCUUAUACAAAGAAUGAAGUAAAGUGUCGGGAGCGAACUUUAAGUGAAUCUAGCAGAAAAUCUGUUGAGGCCCCCUUCGUUAAGAGCGAAAUAACAUUGGAACUGGAAAAAAUAACUGAAACCACAUUUUUGCAAACGCCGAUGGACCACCUAUUUCAAAUUGAAGUACAAACAAGUUUUGAGAGCAGCACUCAUCCAAAUAUGGAUAAUAUUACUUCCAGAGACUUGCUUAAAUACACUGAUGUUGUCGUUGCAGAAGAAGAAAGUGUAAAUUUACAUUCACCGCAAUUGUCAAACGUAUUAAGUGAUCAUAAUUAUACGUCUCAGGAGCUUAUAGAUCGAACGAAGUUGCAAGACAUACUUUUGGAACAAAUAAUUCCAAAUGGUACUUCGCUGCAAACUAUUCCACCUAAAAUAUCAAAUUUUAUUGAUAGCACCAUGGACAAUAUAAGAGUGCUCCAGUCAGAAAUCUCAAAAACAAAAAAAUGUAAAUUUUUAGCUGAUUUGAACGAUGUACCACAGCUAAAUGCUCAGGCAGGUGAGAUAUUGGAACCAACUCCAUCCGGUCGCAAUCUUUCUUUAAGUAGCUUAAAUACAUUGCAAUACAAUGACAGUACUUCAUAUCCGGAAAACUGCUCAGAACCCCUGGAGGUUGAAACUUAUGAUGAGUAUUUUGAAAAUCUAUACAAAAACAUAAGCGAAAUUGAAAUUUACUCAAAACCAAUUUUAAAAUGCACUAUGGAUUUUGCAAAGGAAUUGUACAAAGAAUGCAACGCAUAUCUUUCAAAGCCAGAUGGUGACUUCCAAAAAUUUGUAAUCAAAAAAUUACGAAAACUUAAAGCUAUAGCUAAACUAGGACAGAAAACCAAUUCAAACACAUUUGCUAAAAAACGCCACCAAAGCUUGAAUGAACGAAGUAUUCUUCAUGAUAUACAUAAAUCAUCCAAUUUGGAAUCCACAAGCAGCAAUGAAGAAAGCGCUAUGAGAAUAUCAUCAGCUGAAAACAGCCAUUCCGCCUCAGCUUUAACGAUACGAGCACGUUUUCGACCCAAGAUUGAUAAAAAAAACUCCAUUAUACAAGAGUAUAUGGAUAACAUUGAUCUUUCUAAAUAUAUUAAGCUAGAUAUCAUAAAUAAUAAAUAUCGCCAGUCGUCUAGUGAAAGCGAUAAUGGAAAUAAAGAAUCUAAAAUACGUCAACCACUUGAUGAUGAUACCGAUAAAGAAAUUGAAAGACUUACAAACUUAAGUGGGCUUAAUAAAAGACAUGGACAUAUCAGAAAUUCUAAAUUGCCCAAUGAAAAUAGAUCUAAGCCAAUAAUUUUGAAUAGCAAAAAAGAUAAAGUGUAUGACCUAUUCGAAGAUGAUCAAGAAACAUAUGACCCGGAAAAUACUAGUAAUGAUGUUGCAGAUGAAUUACUGACUGAGAAUCAGUAUCUUUCACGUUAUAAUGAGCAAGUAAAGCUUCAGCUUUUAAAUGAAUCAAACAGCGACUCUGGAUUGUCUGAUCAAAGUGACAGCAACUAUAAUCUCUCCAUGGAAUCGUCUUCUGAGGAAAGUGAAUGCAAGCGAGAUAUUGUGAACAGAUUCUUAGACAAAUUUGAAUCCAAUAAACACGAGCAUGAUGUAAAUGAAGUUAACAAGAUAGAUGAUACCAAAGGCAGCAAUCAAUUGCAAAUUGAACAAAAAAAAAUGUUGGAAAAGUGCUUAGACGGAAAUGAUGAACUAUGGAAUGAAAGUUUUAUUCACAUGAAAAGAUCAAAGCCAAAGUCCUUAGAAAUAAUGCUUGCAGAAGCUGAAAGCAGAAAUAAAAGUGAAGAAAUAAUUCUUAGUUCGGAAAGUGAAUAUUCAGAUGAUGAACCAAUCGAAGUAGAGCCUGUUGAAGAGAAGUCAAGAUUCAUAAAACCAAUGUUACGCAUGGACCAACUUGCAAAUGAAACAAGAGUUGCUCAAAAAUUGGAAAGUGACAGAAUACGCAGGCUUGACAAAAAGCAAUCGAGACUUUCUAAGGCAAUAAAAAAAUUUUCUGAAAGCUUAGAGAAAACAGAUUUCAUACUCGAUUAUCUAGAAAAUACGAAAACAUUUAUUAAGGUAGACAACGAUAUAGUUAAACAUUUAAAACCUCAUCAAAUAGACGGAGUUAAGUUUAUGUAUGACUCUUGUUAUGGUGGGAUUGAUCAUUCAAAAAAAAACACUGGAUCGGGGUGCAUCUUAGCUCAUUGCAUGGGAUUAGGAAAAACACUCCAGCUAAUCGCCCUAAUUCACACAGUUAUUUCUUACAAAGAAUUAAAUACAACCAAAGUAUUAGUACUUUGUCCCAAGAGUACAGUUAUGAAUUGGGCAGAUGAACUACAACGAUGGCUUGGUCCACUAAGGCGAAAAACUUACAUAAAGAUAUUUGCAUUUCCAGACUCAUCUGACAUUUCAGAUAAACUACGGGUUUUAGAAGAAUGGUCAUUGUCUUCGACAAACAAAGCGGGAUGCUUGCUGGUGGGCUAUGAAGCUUUCCGAACGCUGGUCUGUUAUCACUCUUACAAAAACAGAGGGAACCUUUGCCCUGCCACGCUAGAAAAUAUUCGAGAAAAAGUAAACAAACAUCUUUUGCAACCAGGUGCUGAUCUCGUUGUUUGUGAUGAAGGACAUAUCAUAAAAAACAGUAAAUCUGCAAUAAGUCUCGCUGUAGCAAAAAUUGUUACCCCAAAGCGCAUUAUUUUAACUGGAACUCCUAUUCAAAAUAACCUUAAAGAAUAUUAUAGCAUGGUUAAUUUUAUUAAACCGUUGUACUUGGGAACUGAAAAAGAAUUUGCCAACUUGUAUGCCAAUCCGAUUAAGAAUGGCCAACAUAAGGAUUCAAGUAAAAAGGAUAUUACAGUAAUGAAACAAAGGUCAUACGUCUUGCAUAAGAAAUUAUCAAAGUUUGUGCAGAGAAAAGAGGCAGAGUUAUUAAAAACAUUUCUUCCACAAAAGUUUGAAUAUGUCCUUUUUAUUCCUAUGACUCCAGUCCAGAACAAACUUUACGAAUUCAUUUUGGAAACUAUUGCGAAAAGAGGCGACAGUCGGGGCAAAAGUCUAAUCACAGACUACACGGUAUUAAGAAAGAUAUGGACGCAUCCAAAAGUUUUAGAAGAUGCUUGGAAGAACGCAAUUUUUCAAAAAAAUAAAAAAGAUACAAAAAAAAUUAUAAAUACACACUCUGAUGAUGAUCAACCGGAUGAUAUAUACGACAGCCAAACUGGAUCUAUUUCUGUAACUAACGACUGGUGGCGGCAGUUUUUGUCCAAUAAGGACCUAGAAACCAUUAUGCCAAGCAAUAAACUGCGAACAAUGUUUGCCAUUCUUCGAAUGUGCGAAGAAAAGGGAGAGAAAUGUUUAAUCUUUUCAGCUUUUGUCGCAGUACUGAACGUGGUCGAGUAUUUUUUUAAAAAAAUAACGGAUUCCGAUCCUGAAGUAUUACAACAAAUUCAUAUUUCAACAGCCCAAAAAAUGUCCAAUAUUUGGAUAAGUGGCCAAGAUUACUACAGAUUAGAUGGAAAAACACCUAAAAACAUAAGGCAUGAAAUGAUAAAAAGAUUUAACAGUGAAGCAAACAAACGUGCUCGUGUUUUUCUAAUAUCUGCUAAGGCAGGGGGUCAAGGAAUCAACCUAAUUGGAGCAAAUAGAGUUAUCAUUUUGGAUACGUCAUGGAACCCAUCAAAUGACCAACAAAACAUCUUUCGUAUAUUUCGUUUGGGCCAAAAAAGGAACUGCUAUAUAUACCGUUUAAUUGCCAUGGGCACAAUGGAGGAGAAAGUUUAUUCAAGGUCAGUCACAAAGCAAGCCAUGAGUUUUCGCGUCGUAGAUGAACAGCAAAUUGACAGGCAUUAUAAUAUGGCGGAGUUGGCUGAGCUUUACACAUUAACACAACCGCAGAAAAAUGAAAGAAUAAUGCCAGUUCUUCCUAAGGACACAAUAUUGGCCCACUUACUACUUAGUCAAUCGGAAUUUGUUUAUAAAUACCAUGAACAUGACAGUCUAUUAGAAAAUAAAGUAGAACAAGAACUAAGUGAACAAGAAAAAGCAGAAGCUUGGGCUACAUAUGAAAAAGACAUGCAACUGAACAUAGAUCAACAGGAGGGCUAUAAUCCUGAUAAAAAUGAAAAUCUAUUUCAAGCAGCUAAACUUUCCUCUUACGUAAACUCGCAACCCACUUUAGACAUGCAAACACUAUUAAGCUACAGCCUUCAAUCUGCCUCAUUGCUGCCACAGUACAAUUACAGCAUGAACCCAAGCUACCUAGACGCCUUUAAUAUGUACCAGAAAUUUCAGCCAUUGAAUUUUCCGGAUAUUACCAAUACUUCUUACAAUUCAUUAGGCGCACAACCUCACAGUAACAUACAAAAAAAUCCUUUGAUUGUAUCAAAUAUGCACAAUAUAGCUGCAGCUAAAUCAAUGCAGUGCGAUUUUGGCUUAUUUGAUGCUAAUGGCCAAAAGAAUUGCGAUACCAACAGUAAUAGCGCGAUAAUACCACAGUCCCUGCUACCGCUCUCUUCUUCCUCUGCGCAUAAAAAUAUGGCAAGCGGAUCCAACAACAUCCUCUCAGCUUUAGGUCAAUAUAAACAAAUAAUGGAGAAUCCUCUUUCCUCUUUGUUUAAUUAUCCUGCUCAAAGCUAUGGACAUAAAACGCUUAAAACUAUGCCAACUAAUUCUACGAUGACAGGUCAGGGAAUAAGUGCAAUGCCAUACAAUACUGGAAACCAGUCCUCAUUUAUGAAGGAACUCCACACUGUAGAGCCAAAUAUUGAAACCGAAAAUUCUUCCCAACAAGAAAGAAAACCACAGCAAAAAACAUGUGAUGAUUUUAGUAGCAUUCACAACAUGAGCAGUGCACAUGAAAUACCACAACGUUUUCCUUUGCAUCGUGCUUCUGUAAAACACAAUUCACCGGGUGAACAACAUUCCACCUCAAAAGGUGUACCUAGCACAAAUAUGUCAGUUGUUGAAAAUUUGACGUCAACAGAAAUUUCGACGGUAUCGUCCACAACGCUUCAAAAUAUCAGAGACCCAAAAAAUGUUAAUAAUAAUCUACCUGCAAAGUAUAGUAUCGAUGAUCAAUUCAAAAAAAGUAAAGAAAUUAAGAUAAUUCCGAGAAAUUUUAAUGUAUCAAAAAAUCUUAAUGAAAUAUCUCCAGGCAUAUCGGUAACAGCUGUAGGCACGUUUCCGGAAAAGGCAGCGUUAGACCCAUCAAUAUCACCGACUUUUCAACCACCAGAUAAAGAUGUUGAUUCAAAUGUUUUUUCAAAGCACGGCCAAGGAAUUUACAAUUUCGAUCCAACAAAUCGGCCAUUGGCGUCAAUUAACAACGCGCCGGCAUCAGAAAUAGAUUCUCCUUUAGAAAAAACCCAGGCAAAAAAAUCGGAAUCUUUAUCACCUUCUUAUUAUACAAAAAGUGUUGUCGACUUAAUAACAAGUGCUGCAAAUUUAUCAGCAGAAAACUCAGUAUCGCAUGAUUUGGUUUCUAAAGCAAAGAAGUCUAAUGGUCCGAAACAUAAUAUAUGCAGUCAACAUACUACGCACACUACUGAUACUAUUUUGGAAGCCAAUAAAAAAAUAAUAAUAGGCAUUAAUUCAAAUGGGGAAAACCCAAAUCUUGCGAUAAGAAAAAGAUCGGCAGAGACUACCAAAGCUAAUCUCACUUCCAAACGGUUCAAACGGUAAAUUGACAAAUUGUAUCAGUCGAGCAAGUCCGACGGUGAAAGACACUGCAAAAAGAAGAAUAGCGAAUCCCCUCCUGCAGUUUGUGUCGUGGAACUGGAGUGAAAUUUUUUCGCUAAUAACUUUUCUAGAAGUUACUGAUUAAGAUGAAAUUUGAAGAAAAGUAGAGAAUUACAUAUUAGAUACGUGUUCAAA